AUCGCUAAUGGGAGCUAGCCUUUGUUAAAUGCAGUCGCCGGGGCCUUAAAAUAAAUACCCAGAGCUAGAAAAGGGCGUUUCGGGAGGAGUGUUUUCAUUUAAAGCCGAACAGAGCUGUUAAACAGACUCCUGCGUUUGAAGCAAAGUCAUGUGGUGUUUGUGGCCUGCUGUGCCUGCUCUGGUGCUGUCCUCUCUGCUCUCCAUGGCAACUGUACAAACUGCACCCUGUCAGACCUGUCGCAAACUGACUGAGAACUUCAUCAAGGGCCUUGAGCGAACAGCAAAUAAAAACUUUGGGGGCGGGAACACUGCUUGGGAGGAAGAGAAAUUGGCCAAAUAUGCUCGCAGUGAAACGCGCCUGUUGGAGAUUGUGGAGACUGCAUGUGAGCCAUCUGAUUUUGAAUGUAACAAGUUGCUGGAGCAGAUUGAGGACCAGGUGGAGACGUGGUGGUUUCACAGACAACAGGAGUCUCCUGAUCUGUUUGAAUGGCUAUGUAUUGAAGAGCUCAGGUUAUGCUGUCCACCAGGACGGUUUGGCCCGGACUGCGCUGAAUGUCCGUCAGGCCCUGGAGGUAUUUGUGGUGGUUUGGGUCGCUGUGAAGGGGAGGGGACCCGCUUUGGAGAUGGAGAAUGUGUGUGUGACCCUGGGUACUCUGGCCCACUGUGUCAGGACUGCGCAGACGGAUAUUACAGAGUGAAGAGUGCUAAUCAUACACAACCAUCCUGCUCAGCGUGUUAUCAUUCCUGUCGAAAAUGCACUGGACCUCAAGAUUAUAAGUGUCUGGACUGUAAGCCAGGCUGGAUCCUUCAUGACAACAAGUGUGUCGAUGUUGAUGAAUGUGGUACUGAACUGGCUCGCUGUCCAUCCAACACAUACUGCUUUAACACAGAGGGCUCAUACGAAUGCAGAGGUUGUGACCAGGCCUGUGUGGGGUGUAUGGGGAGUGGGCCAGCCCGCUGUAAGAAAUGUGCCCGUGGCUACAGACUCAACGGAGCUAAAUGCCUUGAUGUGGAUGAGUGCCAUGAGAGGGCGAUUGCCUGUCCAGGGCUGAAUGAGGCCUGUAUAAAUGAAGAGGGCUCGUUCCGCUGUGAGUGUGCCGAUGGUUUCAUACGCAGAGACAGCAUCUGUGUGGAGAACACACCACCAACGGGGCCUGAGAAGGGUUUGUUUGAUGACAUGACGGACGAUGAGGUGCUGGUUUUACAGCAGAUGUUUUUUGGUGUGGUAAUCUGUGCCCUUGCUACGCUCGCUGCUAAAGGGGACAUGGUCUUCACGGCCAUCUUCAUCGGAGGCGUGGCCGCCAUGGCUGGGUACUGGCUCUCUGAGAAGGGUGACCGCAUGCUGGACGGCAUUCUCAAAGGACGCUAGCCCAUUGGACACUCACAAACCAAAACAUGGGCUUGACCAAUCAAACAUGAGCCUACCUGGCAACAUAAACUUGAAAGGGGGAUGGGUAGGGAGAGCAGAGGCGUGGCUAAGGGAAUGCCAGCAAAUCAGGGAUAGUCGGGAGGGGAUGUUGGGAGAGUAGGUGUGGUGACUGUAGUAGUGAUACAGAAUCAAGGGCUGGACAUGUAGUUUUGAAUAUAGCUGAAAGGAAUAUAGCUAAAAGUUUAAUAAUGCUAAUUAUGGGAUGUGUUUCAAAUGUUGUUUUGAUACUUUGCCAGAAAGUCAUUUUUUGCAUGAUUUCCAUACACCUGCAACGCUGUUGAUCCGUCCAGAUCCUAUUCAAAGGGCAUAUCUGACUGUUAGUUCACUUAGCAACCUUCAGGAGUGCAUCCCCUCUGGUCUCCAUGUGCUCUGGUAUGUCAUCUUUAAAGGACAAACUCUUUUUUACGCUACAACACACUCUUUAAAUGCUCUCUGUUAGAGUCUCUUUUCAGUUAUAGCAUUUCAUUUUGAGUGGCAUCUUUUGCUCAUAUAUUGACAGAGUUGUGAUGAGAGAGAGAGAUACAUACUGUUUUCACACCAACAACAGUUCUCAUCCCCUUCUAAUAUCAGAAAUCUCUGAUUUUAAAAUAUUACCCAAGACAAUAAUGGUUAUCUUCUGAAGUGAAUGUUUCUGACUUAACUGAUGUAGUCCUUCCAAAGUUUAUAAGGAGAUUUUAAAUGCAUGAAUUUCAGCUUGCCAGAAAAAUAGGCAGUUAGCCCAUAUACAAAUGAAAUGUAUUUACUUGGUAUGGAGAUGUGAGAUUAAGACUGUUCUGUCCAGUUACUACUGCAGACGUAGCUAUGUAACAGUUCUAUCAAUCUGAUAUUUUAAGUCAGAAUGAAACGCUCUGGCUGAACAAAGUUGGCUUUGCAGACCUCCAGGCACGAUUGACAGCGUUUCAGGUCAGAUGAAGAGAUGGGGAGACUUGGGCAGAAUAUCCCUUCAGAUUGAUUGACUGUGUGUGUGUGUGUGACGUGUGCAUGUGUGGUAUGGUAUGUCAGGGGAUCUACAUGGUUAGAGAUACUGAGCAGAUGGUAGUAAAUCAUGAUCUUUACUUGAAUCUCUUCUGUUGGCUCAACAUGAAGCAUGGCGAUGCUCCACAAACACUUUAUCUUCAUUCUUUGAAACAACAUCCCCGCAUUUUUCCCAAACUCACUGUAAAAGGCUCCUCUCUUACAGCCUGAAACACACGACACCAGGCUCCCCUGGGUCCAAUGGUCCAGCUCCACAGGUCUGAACAGAGAGCGGGACGAGACUGUUCUGAAGUAAAUGAGGAGGAACAGAGAGGAUACUGUAUGCAGAGGACAAAACCCAUGGGAAAACUAAAAACGAAAAACAAAACAAAACCCCUGAAGAAGAGGAGGAGGAGGGAAAAGAGAAGUGAAGAUGUCAUGUGACUGUGUGUCAUGUGACUGUGUGUCAGGUGACUGGGAGUGCUGUCCGACUUCCAGGACUCAAAAGCUCAGGAUCCUUUUUUUUUUUGUUUGUUUUUUGGAUAAACUGUGAAGCUGACACGGAAACACCUCCUCAUGCAUGAGGUACAGAACCAUCAUGGACACCUGUCUCAUCGUCGUUCCA